AUGCAAAGAGCUACAAUGAUACCAGAGAAUCAACUCGAUAGAGCUACUACUAGAGUUGCUUUAACUGAAAGAUUUGAUAGCUCUGCUAUUUAUACACACGCUUCUCAAUUUUGUGAUCCACGUACUGCUCCAGAGUUUUGGCAAACUUAUCUUACUUUGGAAAUUCAACAUGGAAGUGAAGAUGCGUUUAGAGAAGUAAGUUAA